UCUCCAGCCGGUCAGGUACGGAGAGAGGGGGGGCGGAGAUACUGAAGGAGCAGUUUCAUAGCGGACUGGUCCCGGCAUCCCGGAGACCAAAUGGCCGUGAACCGACAGAGAGGAAGAGUGUGAUCUAGGUUUUUCUUUUCUCUCAGUACUAACAGCAGUGAGAGCUGUCUCCAUGCUCACAUAGGUUAGAAGGGGCAGGAAGCGCUCUUCAUCUCUCACGCUCAGUAGCCUACAUUUUAUCCGUCUGGCAGAAGAAUGAGAGAGUCCUGUUGACACCACGGAGAGAUACACGCUGAGACCGACUAUGGCUGUGGACGCGGCGUCCAGCUUCAGUUUUUGCCGUGCCUCCCUGGAGCACACGGUGUCUGCUGAGGAGCUGAGUUACCAGCUGCCGCGUCACGCCGGAGGCAGCAACCUGACCUGGCACGACGGCCGUGGCCAGAAGACAGCACACACACGCACCGUCAAACUAUUGCAGCAGCCCGGCACAGAGGGCAUCCAGUUACGUCCGGGUGAAGCAUUCACUGUGUACCACACCAGUCCUACGCUGUCCAGUCUGUCCAAACCAGUGGUGCUGUGGACUCAGCAGGAUGUCUGCAAGUGGCUUAAAAAACACUGUCCACACAACUACCUGACCUAUGUAGAGGCCUUCUCCCACCACGCCAUCACAGGACGGGCAUUGCUGCGUUUAAAUGGGGAGAAGCUGGAGAGGAUGGGCAUUGUCCAGGAGACACUGAGGCAGGAGGUCCUCCAACAAGUCCUCCAGCUGCAGGUCAGAGAAGAGGUCCGCAACCUGCAGCUCCUUAGUAGAACCUCCUUUGGAAAUUUCUCUUAGCUCAUCCCUGGAUCCAUUUAGUGGCCCUUUCCCUCAUCCCUUGUCACAAUACGUCUCUAGGAGCCAUGGAAGAGCUGCUGUCUUCAAAUAUGUGAGCGGAGAAUCAACGAGUGAAAGGGGAGAGGACGAGCCUAUAGACUACAUGCCAACCAGUCUGGAGGAUUCUCAUUCAACACGGCCAAUCGGGUUUACAGACACUGAGACAGAGACAAAACCCCGCUCUAGGCAGGGUUACCCCCUGUAACAUACGAUAAGAUGAUAAGAUGAAAAGAUGAAAGAUUAACAAUCUUUGUGAUGAUGUUUGCCUGGCGCGGGUAUAUCUUCGGUCAUAGCAAAUCUCCUUUUGGUUUCCUUUCUCAGCUGGAAUGCACUGAUUGAGUAAUUUCAGCAGAAGCUGUUGAAAUUAUACGUAUUUGACAUAAGUAGCGGUUAUUGAAUGAAUUAUUUUACUGACAUGGUUUCACUUAGUUUGUAAUAAGCAUUUGGCCCAGUGGCAAUGGAAAUGUGGAUGUAACCAUAGAUUUAUAGGCAGAGCUACAAUUUAGACAAUGGAACCUUACAUUUAAUCUCUAUCUCACUGUAAAGUAACAACCAUGAGCCUAUUCAAAGGUAAUUACAGCUUUUGUUAAAAGCAUUUGACUAAUGCCAGUUUAAUCAACUCCUCACCCACGUGUCACACUGCAUUUUCCUCUCAGGACAUCGGUUUCAGAAUUUGCAGGCUUGGAAGAUGAACAUUAACACUUCAGGCUGAAUGUCAUUCCCACAAUAAAGUUUUUUGUAUUGUGACUAAUCUGCAGUAUUUCAGUGAGAAUUUAGAAAUAUAUAUUAUACGGUGUGAGCAUUGUAGAGUAACAUACACUUUAAUGUGUGUAUACUGUAACAGUUCUUUGGUCUUUUAUUAAUGAAAUGGAUGCAAGGGGCUCACAGAGUUAAUGAGAUUAUAAUUGCUUGAUAAAGCAAUAAUGCAAGUGCUAAAAGGUGAAAAAGACAUGAGUGUCUGCUGACGGAAAUAUACACCUUGCCCUCUACAGUGGCAGUAUUUGCAAGCCUUGUAGUUUCAGUCCUUUUGUCUGUGAUCCUGUAUACUGUAUGUCACCUCUUACACACAGAUACAACAAGAAGGACGAGCCUCUGUUUGUGUUCCAUCUUGUUUCUGUCCCUGAUGUGACGCUGUACUGUCAAAUGGUCAGAAAACAAGAUACGGUUGAGAUUCCCACUGUGAACGAAACCAGCACCUUUGAUGUCCUUCUAGGCAACAGCAGACAACGACGAUGACAGUGAUGCUCAAGACAGAUGACUAAAUCAGUGAAAUGAAACGUUAAAAAAAACACAACUUCCAAAACAUCUGCACCCACCAUCUUCCAACUGUCCUUUUACAAGGACGCUUUGAGUAAUGUGAGAUAUCGACUGUUAAAUGGGAAGAAAACACACUUUUAUUUUUAGAUGAAACAAUGUACUGUAAAUACUGGUUUACAUUGACUGAUGAUUUAUGACCUGCAAAAAGAGAAAAUGUUUCUCUGUUUUACAGAUUCAAAAGUGGAUGGAAUGGAAAAUGAUGAAAGCUGUCAUCAUGUUUUUUGAAUAAACUAACUGAGAUGAA